GCUGUCCUCACUUCCUUCCAUUUCCAUCAUUUCCUCUUCUCCUCCUUCUUCCUCCCCGGAAUAUCCUCCUUCACUCUGUUCUUCUUUUUUCUGCAUUAAGUCAAGAACCUUAACGAUCAAAUCAGCUUAAGAUCUUCGAAUUCCUGUGUUUUUUUUCUUUUUCUUUUUUUUUUCCAUGGAAAGAUUCAAGAAACUCUAUUUUUUGAUCUUUCUCAUACUUCCGGUUGUGUUUGCCGGCCAAGAAACCGACCCAAGAUACCAGAUCGACUGCACAAUGUGCGCCACUUGCCAGCCAUGUCAGCAAGUCCCCUCCCCUCCACCACCGACGCCCUCACCACCUCCUCCAUCCCUACCACCCCCGUCAUCUACUAACUAUUGCCCACCACCCCCUUCUCCCCCAAGCUCGAGUGGCGGCAGCUACUACUACUCCCCACCGCCACCUUCUCAGUCUGGCAGUAAUUACUACUACCCUCCGCCGUCCAGCGGCAGUGGUGGGGUGUACUACGCACCACACACAUACAACAACUACGCAGCGCCGCCACCGCCGAAUCCAAUUGUGCCUUACUUCCCUUUCUACUACCACACUCCUCCGCCGCCUUCUGGCUCCAUGAAACUGAUGGGCUCCUCUGCUACCAUCUUUAUCACUCUGUUCUCCCUUUUCCUCUGUCUGUUUUGAUAUUACAAACGGCAAACAAGAGAAAGAAACGAAACCAAGGUGAAAUAAUGCCAUCGGUACGUAGAUUCACAGAUCUGAGAACAUCAAGGAUUAUAGAAACAGAAGAAGGAGAGAUGGAAGCUUCAGGACUUUUACAGAGAAAUGAAAGAUGCAGAAACUGAUAAGAAGUAACCCAUUUGUUUCUUGUACUCUGUUCCUCUAAAUUUCUCACCAUUGCUUAAUUUAGAGUGAUCUGUAAUUUAUUGACAAUUUGUACCUGCUCGUGUUUUUCAUUACUAUUAAUUCGGUAAUAAAUUAAGAAAUUAGUC